UUUCUUCGUGCUUUUACAGACUUCCUUGCAUUCAUGGUUCUUUUCAACUACAUUAUUCCUGUAUCCAUGUAUGUCACUGUGGAAAUGCAGAAAUUUCUUGGUUCUUAUUUCCUUACAUGGGAUGAGGAAAUGUUUGAUGAGGACACAGGUGAAGGACCACUGGUGAAUACUUCUGAUCUCAAUGAAGAGUUAGGACAGAUUGAGUAUGUCUUCACAGAUAAAACAGGAACAUUAACUGAGAACAACAUGGAGUUCGUAGAGUGUUGCAUUGAAGGGCACGUUUAUGUACCACAUGUUAUUUGCAAUGGCCAAAUUCUCCAUGAUUGUACAGGCAUUGAUAUGAUCGAUUCUUCUCCAGGAGGAAGUGGAAAGGAGAGAGAGGAACUAUUUUUCCGAGCUCUUUGUCUUUGCCAUACUGUUCAGGUAAAAGAUGAUGACAGCGUGGAUGGCUUGAAGAAAAACCAGCUCUCAAGAAGAUCUUGUAUAUAUAUUUCCUCAUCACCUGAUGAAGUUGCUUUAGUUGAGGGAAUACAGAGACUUGGUUACACAUAUCUAAGGCUGAAGGACAAUUUUAUGGAGAUCUUAAAUCGGGAAAAUAACCUAGAGAAGUUUGAAUUAUUAGAGGUUUUGAGUUUUGAUUCUGUGAGACGGCGAAUGAGUGUGAUUGUUAAAUCUUCAACAGGUGAUAUAUUUCUGUUUUGUAAGGGAGCAGAUUCUUCCAUAUUUCCUAGAGUUAAAGAAGGCAAAAUUGACCAAGUACGAUCCAGAGUUGAACGCAAUGCAGUGGAGGGACUGCGAACGUUGUGUGUUGCAUAUAAAAAGCUCACAGCAGAAGAAUAUAGCAAGGCACAGAAGCUGCUUCAGAAUGCAAAGUUGGCCCUUCAGGACAGGGAAAAGAAAUUGGCAGAAGUAUAUGAGAAGAUAGAAAGAGAUUUCAUUUUACUUGGUGCUACAGCUGUUGAAGAUCGGCUACAAGAAAAAGCUGCUGACACUAUUGAAGCACUCCAGAAAGCUGGAAUUAAAGUUUGGGUUCUAACGGGGGACAAAAUGGAGACUGCUGCAGCUACUUGCUAUGCUUGCAAACUCUUCCGGAGAAAUACACAAAUACUUGAGCUAACCACAAAGAAAAUUGAGGAACAGAGUUUACAUGAUGUGCUUUUUGACCUAAGCAAAACCGUCCUAAGACACAAUGGCAGCUUAACCAGGGAUACUUUCUCAGGACUUUCAACUGAUAUGCAAGAUUAUGGUUUAAUUAUUGAUGGAGCAGCAUUAUCAUUAAUAAUGAAACCAAGACAAGAUGGGAGCUCUGGUAACUACAGAGAGCUCUUUCUUGAAAUUUGCAGGAACUGCAGUGCAGUGUUGUGCUGUCGAAUGGCACCUCUGCAAAAAGCACAGAUUGUAAAAUUGAUUAAGUUAUCAAAGGAGCAUCCUAUCACAUUAGCAAUUGGUGAUGGAGCAAAUGAUGUCAGUAUGAUUCUAGAAGCACAUGUUGGUAUAGGAAUCAUUGGCAAAGAAGGUCGUCAAGCAGCAAGAAACAGUGACUAUGCAAUACCUAAAUUUAAACAUUUGAAAAAAAUGUUGCUUGUUCAUGGGCAUUUUUAUUAUGUUAGGAUAUCUGAACUUGUGCAAUACUUCUUUUAUAAGAAUGUCUGCUUCAUUUUUCCUCAGUUUUUGUAUCAGUUCUUCUGUGGGUUUUCACAACAGACUUUAUACGAUACUGCGUAUCUAACACUGUACAAUAUCAGCUUCACUUCCCUUCCUAUCCUCUUGUUCGGUCUAAUGGAACAACACGUCAGUGCAGACACACUGAAGAGAGAGCCUUCCUUAUACAGAGAUGUUGCCAAGAAUGCUUUGCUGCGCUGGCGUGCGUUUAUUUAUUGGACAUUCCUAGGAGUGUUUGAUGCUGUGGUAUUUUUCUUUGGUGCCUAUUUCUUGUUUGACAACACAAUAGUGACCAGCAAUGGACAGCUAAUGACAACCAGCACUCACAUG